AUGGAGGAAUUUUACAAAUUUUGCUCUUGGGAUUGGAGGAUGAACUGCUCUUUUAUUACUUUGGUGCCUAAAAAAGAAGACUCUUGUUCUCCUAAAGAUUACAUUCCAUUGAGCUUAUUAGGCAGUGCAUACAAGGUUUUAUCUAAAGUUUUGGCUAACAGGUUGAAGAAGGUGAUGCAUAAGCUAGUCUCUGAAUUUAAAGGAGCUUUUAUCAAAGGGAAACAAAUUCUGGAUUGUGUGUUAAUUGCAGGAGAAUGUGUGGAUAGCAGAAUGAAGGCAAAGAAACCAGUAAUUUGUGCAAAAUUGACAUGGAGAAGGUGGUGCAUAUCUUCCACAAAUAUAUCAGUUCUUGUGAAUGGAAGUUCAACAGAAAAAUUUAAACCUUCUAAAGGAUUGAGGCAAGGGGAUUCUUUAUCACCAUUUCUGUUUUUGUUGGUGGUUGAGAUAUUGUCUAAGAUUAUUGAUGAUGAUGUAUUGAGAAGGCAACUAAAUGAGUUUGAGGUUCAAGAAGGGGGUAUUAUGAUAUCACAUCUGCAAUUUGAAGAUGAUACUUUGUUAUUUAUAGAUGCUAAGGGGGAGGAGAUAAGAAGACUGCUGCUUAUUCUUAAUUCUUUUGAGCUCUUGACAGGAAUGAAGUUGAAUUUGGAGAAGAGCACAAUGAUUAGUGUAGGUGCAGAUGCAGUGAUUGACUCUUUGGCACUGGAAUUAGGUUGUAGAGUGGAGAAGCUUUCAUUCAAGUAUCUGGGGUUUCCUAUUGGUGUAACUGCAAGAUUCACUUAUGUUUGGGAGGAAAUGAUCAAAAGAAUGGAGGUGAAAUUAGCUACUCGGAAAAAGAAAUUCCUUUCAAAAUCUGGGAGGCUGAGGAAUGCUCUAUGGAGGAGGGUGGUACAACAAAAACUUAAGAAUGAAGAAGAUGUUUGUUUACCAACUAAUGAUGAUGCUGCUCUGGGGAGAAGUAAUUGGAAGGGUAUUUUGAAAUCUUCUGAAUUUAUAGAUGAACAUGUUAGUUUUAAACUGAACAAUGGGAAUUCUAUCAGAUUUUGGCUUGAUAAUUGGGAAACCAAUGGGACUUUGAGGUCUAAAUAUCCUAUAAUUUAUAAAGUUUGCAGUAGGAAGAGUGCUUCAAUUGCAUAUAUGGUUGAGAAUCACAGAUUACAGUGUCAGAUGAGAAGGACGUUAUAUCAUUAUGAACAACUAGAAUAUGACUUAUUAUGUAAUGAAUUAGGUCCUAUUCAUGGGUUGAAUGUGGAUGCAGAUAUUGUGGAGAUAAUGGAAGGCUUUUCAGUAAAUAAGUGUUAUGAUUUGUUAGUUCAGGGAGAUGAUGCUUUUAAGAUUUGUUGGGUCUUUCCUGAUACAGUGAAGAAAAACUUUGAAUCUUGGAGGGUGAACAACUUGAAGAGGAAGUGUAAAGAAGUGUGGUGGAAGGUAAUUUAUGCAGUGCAUUGGCACUUAUGGAAAGAAAGAAAUAACAGAGCGUUUGGUGGAAGAGCUAAGGAUGCCGAUGAGGUUAUAAUGUUCAUUAAGCAAACAAUUGUGCUUUGGUUUUUUGAGAGGGAUGUAUUCAAAGAUGUUUCUGUAAGUCAGGUGUUGUUUCAUUAG